AUGAUUACCUAUCCAUCAACCCAUGGCGUAUUUGAAGAACAGAUUGCCGAUAUAUGUGAUCUGGUUCAUGAAUUCGGUGCGCAGGUUUACCUAGACGGCGCAAACAUGAACGCAUUGGUCGGUAUAUGCCUUCCGGCCGAAUUUGGAGCAGAUGUCGCACACAUCAACCUGCAUAAAACUUUCUGUAUCCCGCACGGCGGAGGCGGUCCGGGAAUGGGGCCAAUAGGAGUUAAAAGCCACCUUGCGCCUUUUCUGCCAGAUCACUGCGUGGUUGAAGGCGUUAACCCCUAUGCAGGACACGAACCGACCGUUGGAAGCGUAUCAGCGGCGCCGUGGGGGUCGGCAGGCAUACUUCCAAUCUCGUGGGCUUACAUUUCAAUGAUGGGGGCUGAGGGACUCCGCUAUGCUACUGAAAUUGCCAUCUUGAAUGCAAACUACAUGGCAAAAAGACUGCAGCCGCAUUACCCGAUACUGUAUCGAGGGCGAAAUGAUCGAGUCGCACAUGAAUGCAUCAUUGAUUUGCGCCAAAUCAAAAAAAGCACCGGCGUCACUGUUGAAGAUGUAGCCAAACGCUUGAUUGAUUUUGGUUUUCACGCUCCAACAGUUUCCUUUCCGGUAGCCGAUACGAUGAUGAUUGAGCCAACGGAAAGCGAAGCGAAACGCGAAAUAGAUCGAUACUGUGAUGCGAUGAUUCAGAUUCGCAGUGAGAUUGCCGACAUUGAGUCAGGCGAUUCCGACACUGAAAACAAUCCAUUGAAAAACGCACCACAUACCUUUGAUUUGCUCGUUCAGGAAACCUGGGAGUUGCCUUACACAAGGCAGGAAGCAUUCUUUCCGCUGGAGUGGGUCUGGCACGACAAGUACUGGCCGCCAGUCAGCAGAAUUGAUAAUGUUUAUGGUGACCGCUAUAUCAUCUGCAACUGCCCGCCUCUUUCUGAGUGGACAGAAGAAGAGGGCUAA